GUGGGUGUUGAAAGAGUGGCGCUGAUUAGCGAAUCCGAAAUCACCUGAAUGAAAGCCCACUUGUGAUUCGCCCCAAGUAGACCUAAGGCCCUGUGGGCCGGAGCAAGUCGGACUGAGAGAUGACUGGGAGUUUUCUUUCUCCUAUGAGUAAGAACUCGACAACAGAGUGGGAACUUUCUGUCCUGUGAUCGAUUGCCUGGUGAGUCAAAGCUCCUACCGUGGAUUUAACCUGAGAGCUGCUCAUUUGGCCCUGGAGCUCCCAGGCCCUGGAGCCUUCUGGCAGUCCUUAGUUAGGGCUUGGUAUCGAGGGAGAGCUCAGCUUUCUACCAUGGGCUGGGGGAAGAAUUCAAACUAGAACUCAGGUACUAAAUUUGAAAUGACACACUCAGAGCAGAAAGCAACCUCUUAGUCCCUGUCAAAAAGAAAGGCUUUGGGUUCUAAAUUUCUAGUUCCCAUUAAGAGACUCUGGGACUGGACAUUUCUGGAAAUUAAUGGCCUGUACUGAGUAAUCCUCCUAACACGCCAAUCAUCAAAAAAUUCCCUGUAAUGAGUGCCGGCUUUCUGUAUUUGUCUGAACGCCUUCAUACAACCUGGGAGCGUGCGCAGGAAGGCAGCGGCGGGAGCGCUGAGGACACUUGACCGUGCAGCUCACGGGGUGGCAGGACUGCUGCUGCCUCCGCCCAGGAUGGCUGGCACUGUGCUCGGAGUGGGUGCAGGCGUGUUCAUCCUAGCCCUGCUCUGGGUGUCGGUGCUGCUGCUGUGUGUGCUGUUAUCCAGAGCCUCCAGGAUGGCUAGGUUCUCUGUCAUUUUUGUAUUCCUCGGUGCUCUGAUCAUCACAUCAGUUCUGUUGCUUUUCCCCCGAGCUAGUGAAUUCCCAGCCCCAGAGGUCAAAGUUAAGAUUGUGGAUGCCUUUUUCAUUGGCCGCUAUGUCCUGCUGGUUUUCCUCAGUGCUAUCUUCCUUGGAGGCCUCUUCUUGGUUCUAACUCAUCAUGUCCUGCAGCCAAUCUAUGCCAAACCACUGCGGUCCUACUGAGUACUGUCUGGGAAAACCAAGACCCUGCUCUCCUCUCCUUCGAUGUGAUGGCAUUGAUGAUCAGAAAGGCACUAUUCGGAGCCUUGUUUUGACAGCCCUUGUGCCUUAAGAUCAAAGGAAUAUUCAUCCAUCACUAAGACAAAUCUCUUGUGUCCUGGCUUCCAGAAACAUGGUUGCAAAAUUGUCCCUGUGGGGAUAGAUGCUCACCAGCCUAUGAGAGAUAUUGCUAUCUUCUUAGUACUUGUACCUCAGAAUUUCCAUCCUUUGAAAGGGGCAUAGUAGCAGUGAUCUGCUUAGAUAGAUUUUCAAUCAAGUCAUUAGGAAGUGGAUUUUGGGAAAAGGAGCAUUUGGCUUCUGCUGUCCAAUAAAAAAACCUGGUCCAUUUUGAUAAUAUGUAAAAUUCUUUGUUAUGAGGUUGGAAUCAUUUGGAAAGCAAAGGCACUCAAAUUCAAAAGUUGAUUUUAAUGUGGUAAUUGGGAAGACUUACUCAGAUAUUGGUUACUGACCACUCUAUGCAUACAAUUCCACAGAACUUUGUAAAGGCAAUGGAUGUCACUUUCCUCUGCUCUAAUACAGCAAUAAAUAAAAGCCAAAGGGCCAAAUUUCACUUCAAACUCUUGGCCACAGCUUUCUGAAUCCAGUAUUUUUAUAUUUCAAGUUUACUAGGGGAUUAGAGGAAAGGUAUGGAAAUAUUGGUUGUUUUGUCUUGCCAGGUGUCUCUGGGUUGUGUUCCAUGAUUUGGUGGUCUCUGUGUGCUUUAUUUAAUUAUCAUAAGAGUUCAUUUUGGGUUGUCAUCCUCUCUUUUUAUUUUUGUAGCCCUUUCACCAAAACUAGUGAGGAAGGUAUAUUCUUAGCAUUAGAUGUAACUUUAUAUCUGUUUGAUCUCCCAAACCAAGUGAAAUUUGUCAUUAAAUGGAGGGGUUUUGGUCUGGUUCCAUUUUGAAGUCUGAUCCUGACUUCCUAGAACUAUUUGCAAAAGGGUCUUAUGGCUUAAAAUUAAGAACCAAGAAAACAAGUUGGAAAAAGAACAUUGAUUGAGUACAUGCUAUAUGCCAGUAGCACCCUAAUUCCUUUGAAGUUUAUUUAAUUUUUAUAACAGUCUAUUAUCCCCACUUUAAAGUAGAAAAAAAUUGAGGCUUGAAGAGAUUAUCUGACAUCUGACUUGCUCAAGCUUCACAUAACAGCCAAUGUGCAAACAAACCUAUGUGUGGCAGGCUCUAGGGCCUGUCUCGGACUGGAAAGAAAACACACUAAGCUUUGUGGAGCUCAGAUUGAGAGCUGGAGGAAGGCUAAAGCCACUGCUCCUUCUCUUUCUCUCCUGGAUCCUGUUGUCAGGUAGAGAAAGUACCCAGUCCUGUCACCCCAGGGGGCACUAAGCUCUAAAUUAUAGGAGGAGAGGACACAUGACCAUUGAGUCAUGGGCUGAUGAGGGCCACAUGUAUUAACCCUACACUUGAACUGUCUCCUUAUCUUAGUUUGGAAAACCUUUGCAGAUAAAGCUUUAUACAGAAAGCUUCAAAGGAAAAAGUUUCUUAAUCUGGCCUGAGGCACACAGGUCAGAAAAGAAGAAACAUCCUCCAAGCAGGCUGAAGGAGAGAAAGGAGAAGGCAGAAUUGUUGAGGGAAGUGGGGCUAGCUGGGGGUUUCAUGCUGUCAUGCAACUGGCAUUGAAGCUCCCAGGUGCCUGUGAGUCUCCGCACAGAGAUCCUGAGCCAGCCCAAGUGGAAGUUUGACUCCUAAUAAACACAGGCUAUCAAAUGUUGCCUUCUUUUGAGAGACUUGCUGAAAAAACAACUCUGGGAAAACUAUUAUAGGUUCCUGACCAUGACUCCAUCUUUCCCCCCCCCCAAAAAAGGACCCAGCUAUUAGAUCAAUGGAUAAUAGCUAUGAGGUUUGGAUGACUAUUUAAGAUGGAGAAAAAUGUGUUAAGGUUAGAAAUGAUAUUCUUUCCCAAACACCACUGCUAUCUAAUAGUUUUCUUUGCCAGAUAUACAUGACAGGCUUGUGUAAGGGCUGGCUUUAUACAAAAAAUAUACUUUGUGCACAGUGUAUUUUAGUGUGGCCUAUCUUCUAUAGAUCCUGAGUCUAUAAUUACCAGCUGUGGUGAUUACUUUCUACCUGCAUACUCAAAGCAGUCACGUCCAACCCCCGUGGCGUUGGGAUAAGAAGUGGAAGGCUGAAAGGGCACACAAUGAAUUUUACUGGGAGUUCAGCAUGGGGGACUCCUACAGUCGGUUUCUGAUGUGGCAGCCCUUAUGCUCAUGGCCUUCUUGGAGACAGGGCACAGUGGUGAUACCUUAAAUACAGGCAGAAAUCAUCUUAGGGUUCCAUUAGCCAAUCUGCGAUCAGUGGCCUUAGAGCAGGUUCCCUACUAUGCAGUUUCCUACCUAGAGAGGGUCCUGUGGCAGAGCCUGGUGGAUCCCCACUGUUGAGAAGGCGGAGAGGGAGAGUAAAUCCAGGCUUCUAUGUAAGAAAACAGGUAUUUCAUAGCUUCCUGACAAAAGCUAAAUUAGCAGGACACUACCCUACCCCAAUAAGUUCUUUAAAUUUUUCACUUAAAAAAUGGAAGUAAAGCUGACAUUCUUUGUUGAUA